UUACUUUACCAUCAAAUCUAAAUAUUUCCUAAAACCCUAAAAAUACAAAACUCCGGUCUUUAUCGUCGCGACGGAGAAAGGUUGGACCUGCUCUUUCACCGGUCGAGUCGGGUCGGGUCAAACAGUGUUCAAUUAAAGUUCUCGCGGUUUUCGUGGAAAUUGAUCGGAUCCAAUGGAGAACUCCGUCGACGAGGAGGGACGAGAAGCCCUCUUCGCGCAGCUCAAAGCUCUCUCCUUGGAGCUUCUAAGCCUAUCGCAAACCCCUCAAAAGGAUCCCGCCGUGAUCCCCGAGCUGCUCAGCCUCCUCCGCCGUGCUCCUCCGUCGUCUCUCCAAUCCUUCUUCCACUACACUUUGUUCCCUUUGCUUCUUCUGCUAGACGCAGCAGUAGCUUGCAGAAGAAGAAGAAGUCAGGGAGAUGCUUUUGUUGUCGUCGUGAGUGAUAAAGUAGCAGAAGGUGUUGUCUCUUGUCUCCAGGAGCUUCUUAAGAAAUGCCACGUCGGAUCCGUUGAUCAGAUGGUUGUGGUAAUGAAGAAGUUAACUAGUGGUGCUGUUUUGACGCCGUCCGAGGCUUCUGAGGAGUUUCGUGAAGGGAUCAUCAGAUGUUUCAGGGCGAUGAUCUCUGGUUUGGUUCCAUGUUCUGAUGAUUCUUGCGGAUGUAAGCGUGCUCUUGGCAGGCCUCAGCUGUCAGAAGAAGAUAGAAGAGAUUAUUGUUAUCAGAGUCAUGAUGAUUUAGAAACCGGAGAAUGCUUGAUUGCGUUUCUUCAGUCUCACUCUGCUUUGGCUGCUGUGGGUCAUUGGCUUUCUAUUCUUCUCAAAGUGGCUGAUGCUGAGGCUUCUCGAGGACAUAGAGGAAGUGCACAACUUAGAGUUGAAGCCUUUAUGACCUUACGGAUACUUGUGGCUAAGAUUGGUACUGCUGAUGUGUUGGCGUUUUUUCUACCUGGUGUUGUUAGCCAAAUCGCCAAAGUGUUGCAUGUUUCAAGAGCAAUGAUAAGCGGAGCGGCAGGAAGCGUUGAUGCAUUGGACCAAGCAGUUAGAUGUUUAGCCGAGUUUCUCAUGAUAGUCCUUGAUGAUGAGGCCAAUUCAUCGGCUCUCUGUAUCUCUGAUGAUGAUUCAAAGUUGCAGAAGCAUGGAUCUGCACACUCAGUUUUGGACGAACUUCGUUCUCUGACAAUGAAAACUCAAGGGCAGCAGAGCGACGAGCUCCUGAUAGAGACUACAAGCCAAGAGAUUGUUAAAACCAUCAAUGUACAUGAGAAACUGACUGGUGACUCCUUUCAUGUUGAACGUACAAAGGAAUGGUUAGAGAAGACAACAUCUCAUGUGAAUAAGCUGUUGUGUGAGACGUUUCCUCAUAUUCUUAUUCAUCCAGCUGGCAAAAUUAGAUGGGGAUUUCUAGCAGCAAUACGUGGACUGCUAUCUAAGAGCCCUCGUUCAUUGAAGGGAGCCAGGCUAGUGAUGCUGGAAUGCGUAUGUACUCUGGUUGUUGAUGACUCGGAUGAAGUCUCUGUAGCAGCUCAGGAAACUCUCGAUCACUUAUUCUCUGAACGCUCAAAGUAUCAGGUAGAGAGCGACAUAAGCAAGAUCUUUAGCAGACUACUGGAGAGGCUACCAAAAGUGGUAUUGGGGAAUGAAGAAUUGCCUGCACUUUCGGUUGUGAAACAGUUACUUGUAGUCACUUAUUACUCUGGUCCUCAGUUUCUGGCGGAUCAUCUUCAGUCUCCAAUAACAGCUAGCAGAUUCUUGGAUACAUUUGCUCUCUGUCUGAGCCACAAUUCAGCAUUCACUGGCUCUCUUGAAAAGCUCAUCGCAGAAAGGCCUACUUCAUCUACAGGUUACCUCCCUUCCAUCACAGAACUGAAAGUGGGGUUCAGGGAGACCAGACGCAACAACGCUGAACCAGAUCAAGGAAAGUUGGAGAUAUCACAGAGCACCACUAGCUUUGUGUUACCUCGAAUGCCGCCUUGGUUCUCUUAUGUUGGUAGUCAGAAGCUCUACGAGAUGCUCGCUGGAAUCCUUAGACUUGUCGGUUUAUCCUUAAUGGCAGGACUUGAUAACAAUGGCAGUUUAGCAGUCAUCUUGGACAUUCCUUUAGGGUUUUUCCGUAGAUUGGUUUCAGAAGUUCGUGUAAAGGAGUACAACGGAGAAGACUGGCAGACAUGGUGUAACCGAACCGGUUCAGGACAGUUAAUACGCCAGGCGGCAACUGCUGCUUGUAUCUUGAACGAGAUGAUCUUUGGUCUAUCAGAACAAGCAAGUGAAGCUCUCUCGAGACUGCUUCGUAAGGGAAGAGACAACAAACUACUCUCCUGGGAAGUCUCAUGGAACCAACGCGCAAAGACUCAUCUGAUCGAUUGCGUUGGUAAAAUCUUGCACGAGUACCAAUCUCCUGAAGUGUGGGAUCUCCCCCUGGACCAAACCGAUGUUAGUCUGCAUUUCUUGAGAGACACUGCAAUGCUGCACCAAGUUAUAAUAGAAGGAGUUGGUGUGUUUUCAUUGUGCCUUGGGGAAGAGUUUGCUUCGAGUGGGUUUCUUCACUCUUCGCUUUACCUUCUCCUUGAGAGUCUUACGUGUUCGAGCUUCCAAGUUAGAAACGCUUCUGACUCUGUCUUACGUCUUCUUGCUACCACCUCUGGCCAUCCAACAGUAGGGCAUCUGGUUGUAGCAAAUGCAGACUAUGUUGUUGACUCUAUUUGUCGUCAGCUGCGCCACCUGGAUCUUAACCCUCAUGUUCCAAGUGUUCUUGCUGCUAUGCUUUCUUAUAUAGGAGUUGCUCAUGAAAUAUUGCCUUUGUUGGAGGAACCGAUGCGGUUGGUUUCUCAAGAGCUAGAGAUUGUUGGUAGACAGCAGCAUCCAAAUCUAACUCUACCCUUCUUGAAGGCUGUUGCUGAGAUUGUAAAAGCAUCAAAGAACGAGGCUAGUCUAUUACCAGACCGAGCCAAGUCAUAUAGUGAUCAGGUUAAGACCAAAGCAACUGAUGCAAUAACAUCGGCGCAAGAGAGAGGUUCAGAUUUUAACGAGGAAGAAUGGGAAAGCAUACUGCUUGAACUGAAUCGUUCUAAAAGAUACAGACGCACAGUUGGAUCGAUAGCCUCUUCAUGUUUAGUUGCAGCCACACCUCUCCUUGCAUCAUCAGAUCAAGUUUCAUGCUUGGUUGCUCUCGAUAUAAUCGAGGAAGGAGUAGUGGCGCUGGCUAAAGUGGAGGAAGCUUAUAGAGCAGAGACGGAAACUAAGGAAACAAUGGAAGAAGUCAUUGAGUUUGCUUCACUCUAUCAGCUCAAAGACUACAUGAACGCUACAGACGAUGGAGCAGACGAGAACAGGCUUUUACCUGCUAUCAACAAAAUCUGGCCAUUCUUUGUUGCCUGCAUACGAAUCAGAAAUCCUGUGGCUGUACGGAAAUGCUUGAAUGUGAUAACCAGAGUCAUUCAAACAUCUGGAGGAGACUUCUUCACACGUCGUUUCCGCAACGAUGGCCAUGACUUCUGGAAGCUUUUAACAACAUCUCCCUUCCACGUAAUGACACCAAAGAGCCUCCGAGAAGAGAACAAGCCAGUUCUCAGGCUCCCUUACAGAACUAUUUCCGAGUCUUCUUCUUCUUCUUCUUCCGUUGCUGAAGUAUCCAGCUUGAAAGUGCAAGCUGCACUUCUCAACAUGAUCGCCGAGCUUUCCAGAGACAAACGCUGCGCUUCAGCUUUUGAUGCGGUCUUGAAGAGAGUUGCGGGCUUGGUCGUUGGGAUAGCGUGCAGCAGCGUGACAGGGUUGAGAGAAGCGGCUUUGAGCGCGUUGAGAGGUUUGGCUUGCGUUGAUGCUGAUCUCAUUUGGAUUCUCUUGGCGGAUGUGUAUUAUUCUCUCAAGAAGAGUAGAGAUUUGCCUCUUCCACCUUCUCCGGAGUUUCCAGAGGUAUCAACGGUUUUGCCUUCACUGUCGGAAGAUUCUCCUCCGGGGAGGUUUCUGUAUGUUGAGUACGGUGGUCGGAGCUAUGGUUUUGAGUUGGAGUUUAGUUCUGUUGAGACCGUUUUCAAGAAAAUGCAUCUCGUCUUUGUAGAUCAAAUGAGUUGUUAAUAUAAUAAAAUGCUUGUAAAAUACCUUUUUAUUUAGUUUCUUGUGUCAAUUGAUUUGUUUUUUCAUAAUUUUUCAUAGAAGACAUACUGUUAGUUACCAAAAUCACUUCAUUGUUCAAGUUAAGAGAGUGUUAAUAUUGAUUUUACAUAGAAAUAA